UUGAUUAGGAAUUUGGGGGCGGGCCCUGGUCUGGCACAGACUCGCACACUCUCCGUAGCACUCACUCCUCUCUCUCUCUUCCUCUCUCUCACAUUCUCCAACUCAAGGAGGCUGAACAGAAGGACGGGUCACUCUGAACAAACGGUUCAACCCAAGAGACAAAAUGCAGUGGGCCUCCAUCCUAGUACUGGCAGGUCUCUGCUCACUCACCCAGGGCCAGUAUGAUGAAGACUCUCACUGGUGGAUCCAAUACCUACGGAACCAGCAGUCCACCUACUACGACCCCUAUGACCCGUACCCCUACGAACCCUCUGAGCCUUACCCCUACGGAGUAGAGGAAGGCCCAGCCUAUGCCUAUGGCACACAUCCUCCACCAGAGCCCCGUGACUGUCCCCAAGAAUGCGACUGCCCACCUAAUUUCCCCACAGCCAUGUACUGCGACAACCGCAACCUCAAGUACCUGCCCUUCGUGCCCUCCCGCAUGAAGUAUGUCUACUUCCAGAACAACCAGAUCACCACCAUCCAGGAAGGUGUCUUUGACAAUGCCACUGGGCUGCUCUGGGUUGCUCUACAUGGCAACCAGAUCACCAGUGACAAGAUAGGCAGGAAGGUCUUCUCCAAGCUGAGGCACCUAGAGAGGCUGUACCUGGACCACAACAACCUGACCCGGAUGCCCGGCCCGCUGCCUCGAUCGCUGAGAGAGCUCCACCUGGACCACAACCAGAUCUCGAGGGUCCCCAACAACGCUCUGGAGGGCCUGGAGAACCUCACGGCAUUGUACCUCCAACACAAUGAGAUCCAGGAAGUGGGAAGCUCCAUGAGGGGCCUCCGGUCCCUGAUCCUACUAGAUCUGAGUUACAACCACCUCCGAAGGGUGCCCGACGGUCUGCCCUCAGCCCUGGAGCAACUGUACCUAGAACACAACAGUGUCUACACCGUCCCUGACAGCUACUUCCGGGGGUCACCCAAGCUGUUGUAUGUGAGGCUCUCUCACAACAGCCUCACCAACAACGGCCUUGCUACCAACACCUUCAAUUCCAGCAGCCUUCUGGAGCUCGACUUGUCCUACAACCAGCUGCAGAAGAUCCCUCCUGUCAACACCAACCUGGAGAACCUCUAUCUCCAAGGCAACAGGAUCAAUGAGUUCUCCAUCAGCAGCUUCUGCACGGUGGUGGACGUCAUGAACUUCUCCAAGCUGCAAGUGCUACGCCUGGAUGGGAACGAGAUCAAGCGCAGCGCCGUGCCGGUGGACGCUCCACUCUGCCUGCGCCUCGCCAGCGUCAUCGAGAUCUGAGUGGCUCCGCCCCGCACGCCGGGCUCCAGGCACACGCACCGCGCCCCCUCACGCCGCCACCCCGCUGCAUUCGGCUUGAUGGUCUGGUUUGGCUUUUGCUGGAUGGUAUGGGACAAGCAGAUGACACAAGUCCACAGGCUCUUAUCCAGUCUCCUUCCAAUAGGCAAAGUUAGGUGGGAUCAGAGACCCUGCCAGAUUCGGCAGAGGACAAAGCGGUGGAGGAGGAGCCGAGGAGUCCAGCCCCACAAUCUUAACCUUCCCUAUGACCUGUCUGGCAGAGCUUAACCUUGCGUAAACAGUAGCAUAUAACCAUUUUCAAACAGUCUGACUUCUGGGGCUAUGCUCAACAGCAUGGCCCUGCUGCUUCUGCAGUUAUCUGGGCUCCUAUUCAUUGCUCCUCAAAACAUAGCUCUUGCCCGGCCAUCUCCUCCUAGGGCUGACCCAUCCACUCUGCCCCCUUUCCCUGAGACCUCUUCUAUGCCUUAGGCAGUCAGGGGACACACACUCCCUAAGGCCCGGUGGUAGCUGUUGUCACCUGUGGUGCGAGGCCACACUAUUGUCCAAGGUUAAAAAUGAUGCCUAAAAUCUCCACAACACCUCCCUAUCCUCUCCUGUUUAAAGCCACCAAGUCGAAAGUCAUCAGCAUAAUGGUGAUGUCAUGGCUUGAUACCAGAGGGGACAACCAACUGUAUACUGGAGGACCGGAUUUCAGAGGAAGGAAGGGUUACAUGGUUAUCAUCAUAUCCAUAAUGUGGGAGGAAAGGGUCACGCCGCAGACUAGCAGAACUGAAGGGGCAGGCUCCUUCCCCAGUUUCACAUGACCCAACAUGAUCUGUCCCCCUUCUUGGGCUUUUAGUCUUAAGGGGGCAGCAGCGUGGUUUUCAAAAGCAUGAGAAAGAGCCUCUGCCCAUCUUUCAAUCCACCUAGGAAGCUUUGGAACACAGAUGGCAGAGGCAGGCUCCACUAUUGGGCCCACCUGCUAACCCAGACUAUGGGGCCAUCUCAACAACCGGUUUGUCCCUGAGGCCAGAGCUUAAGGUACCAGCAAUGCUGCAGAUGCCCGCUGGGGUGCAAGAAGCCUAAGCCAGGUCAAAUCUUGCUACACUAGGCAAGGAUCCCUCUGCUCUCACUGAGUAGAGCCACUCCUCGUGGAUGAGAAUAAUCCUGUCUUCCCCUUUCUAAGGAUGAUGUUGCCUGGGCACAGCCCACAGGCUCUUCUAGACUCCACUAGAAUGGAGCCAUUUGGCCAGCCAGCAGCAAGGAAUAGUUGAGGAUGUUAGCCUGAGUCAUGUCCCUGACUAGACACCUCACAGCCCUGACUAUGUGCACCGGGAGCAAGCAUCUCUAAAAAAAAGGGGGGGGUGCCUCGACUGUGUCCUGGGCUCCAGAAUCUCAAACCCACAAAAGCCAAACCAGCUUGUUUCAACCAAGGAGUGCGGUGUGGGGGGGGUGCCCUGCCCAGGGCUCUUGGGGAGCACCUGCAUAUGAGCACCAUCAUGCCUCUAUAAAGGGUCCUCAGCAUGGGGCAAGCAUGAGUGGUGGCUGACCUGACCAAUAAAGUUACUUUAUAAGUGCA